UUUACGGGAAGUGAUGUGGGGCCAGACGGAAAAUACCCGCCAAGGACCCAAAAAGGGCCGGCAACGGGUGGACGCGGCGCGCACGCAGGCAGAGCGGCGCGGGCCCAGCGAGGUCCAGCCAGGCAAAAAGUAACCUUUUUGAAGUGGACAUGUGAUUGGACGUUGUCUAAUUGUUCAAGUGUUGGGAGCAACGUUUCUAAAGUUUUAGAAAAACAACCAACGACUUAUACUCUCUCCCUCAAGGUGAACCACUGAGUUCUUCAUUAUGUCUGAUGGAGACUAUGAUUACCUUAUCAAGUUUUUAGCUUUGGGAGACUCUGGAGUAGGGAAGACCAGUGUACUUUACCAGUACACAGAUGGUAAAUUUAACUCCAAAUUUAUCACGACAGUGGGCAUUGAUUUCAGGGAAAAGAGAGUGGUGUACAGAGCCAAUGGACCAGAUGGAACCAUUGGCAGAGGUCAGAGAAUCCACCUGCAAUUAUGGGACACAGCAGGGCAGGAGAGGUUUCGUAGCUUGACAACAGCAUUCUUCAGAGAUGCUAUGGGGUUUCUUCUGCUUUUUGAUCUGACAAAUGAGCAAAGUUUCCUCAAUGUCAGAAACUGGAUAAGCCAGCUACAAAUGCAUGCAUAUUGUGAAAACCCAGAUAUAGUGUUAUGUGGCAAUAAGAGUGAUCUGGAAGACCAGAGAGUAGUAAAAGAGGAGGAAGCAAGAGGACUUGCAGAGAAAUAUGGAAUCCCCUACUUUGAAACUAGCGCUGCCAAUGGGACAAACAUAAGCGAAGCAAUCGAGAUGCUCCUGGACCUGAUAAUGAAGCGAAUGGAACGGUGUGUAGACAAAUCCUGGAUUCCUGAAGGAGUGGUCCGAUCCAAUGGUCACACCUCCACAGAUCACUUGAAUGAAGAAAAGGAGAAGGGGAUCUGUGGCUGUUGAAGAGUCCAGUGAGCUACACAAUAACUCAAGUGGUCCGUGUCUGUGAUCUUUUCUAUGAGUGAUAUAUGUGGCACAGAGAGAGAUGAGCAGGCAUUAUGUACAAACUGCUUCUACCGUCCCACUUAGACCUCUCCAGUUUUAAAAUUCAUUUGCUGCAGCUUUUAAAUAUUUAAGAUUCAGCCCGAGAGUUAUGAGAAAUAUUUCACAUAGCCAAAAGUGCCUUAUAAGACCUUAACCCAUGGCAGGAGAUGGUUCAGAAUUGAGGAUUUUGUAGCUACAGAAGAGUGCAUUUAUUAUGUAGAAUGACUAAAGAUACCAUCACCUGCCUUAACAUACAUCAGUCCAGAGUCUAACACUCAAAAUCUUAGAUACAAUUAUAAAACUACCCAUCAGUCUUUAAUCCAAAUUAAAAAACCCACUUGUACUGUGGGUGACCUUGUAAAAUGCCAUCUAAACCACUUGAAUGUUAAAUAAGAAUAUACACAAACAUCAGUUCAAUGUCCUUGAGUAUUAAAUUUAUAUAAACAAUCUCUUUAAAAUGAAUAUAGCAUAAAUUAUGCUUAUAUCUGUAGACUCUGGAUAAAGUGGAUUGACCAAUUGUAUACUCACUGAGGUUCUUGUUGGUAGGAAAGGGGUUGGGGGUGAGGUUAGGGGUAUCUUAAUGUAGUGUGAGCAACUGAAGUGGGGCCUCUAGCUCCCUGCUAUAUUCCUACUGCUCUGAAGGGCUGAUUGAAGGAUCAGCGAAUUAGAUUUUUAUGGCUGUAUUUCAUUGUGAUCUGUGUGUUUAUAUUUGGCCUACAUGCUGGCCACAUUUGAACAUAGCUGGUGCUUAUGCUGAAGUUAUUUGUGAUAAGUAAGCAUUUAGCUUCUUUUUUCUUUCAUAUUUAUAAUGUUGGUCUGGCAUCCUCAGACUGCAGUUUUAAUUAGCUUGUGAACUACUAAUCUUUUGUCUUCACCAUCAUGCUUUAUAUUAUUGAUAUUUGCAACCUGUUUUAUUUUUACAUUGGUGGAAUUAAAGGAAUUAGAUUUUAAUUGCAUAAAAUGUUUGCUAUUUGGUAGAAGAAAGCUGUAUUUAAGCAGUUACAUUAAUACUAUAACUCAAUAUAAGAAAAAUGAAGCCUUAAAUAGCCUAUAUUUUUUAUUUAGAUCACAGGCAUUUAUUGUACUCUCUGGGUAUUGCCAAGGUCAUGGAUUCCUCUGCAUUGUCUAAGUGUCUUUAUAUCAAUCAACUUUAAAAUAUGCUUAAUGGCAGGUGUUUAUAAAGGUCAUAGGGGAAAAUUCUUAUUUAUUAAAGAAAGUGGUUUAAGUAAAUUAGAUUAAAAUUUCCAAAGAACUUAAUGGUUAUUUAGGAAGAAUUACCAUUCAUUGUAAUUUAAACAAAGAAUAAAAAUAAAUGUAUUUUGUGGUGGCAAAUGAUUGGAAGAACUGUAAUUAGAAAAAUACAGCCAUGAUGGAAGUAAUUACUUUUACAUGGUAAUUUUCAAAUAGCUGUUUUUUUUUAAUUUUUAUUAUGUUAAUCACCAUACAUACAUCUUAGUUUUUGAUGUAGUGUUCCAUGAUUCACUGUUUGCGUACAACACCCAGUGCUCCAUCCUAUUUCUUUGGUGCUUCCUUCCUACUACUCCCUUAAAAAACUUAGCUGUGAGUAAUGAGAUCUUAUAUAUUUCUAUCCCUGAAAUGAAGACUUCUUGUUAAUACUAAGAAAGUCAUUGAGUCCUGUGCAUUUGGAUUGUGUAUUCCAGUAAGGAAAAGAUCCAGACAUUACAAGGGCAGGGUCCUAAUCACAAACAGUGCCUUCUAAAGUUGCCAUAGACUUCAGUUUAGCAAAUCAUAAUUUUAUAGCUACGUAUCAGGCAGCAUUUUAUAUGGUCUAUUAUGUAGUUAAAAAGAAGACAAUAUUUAUGUUUCACUUUUUUCAAGAACCAAACAAGCAAUUAGCUACAUAUCCCAUUGGCUUUAAGCAUAAUACACAAACAUAUACAUGAUAUAGUGCACAUGCAAGAACCAUCCUUAACUAUUGAAAUAAAUAACCUGUAUUGUCUUUGGAAAUCCUUUGUUUGAAUUUGGUAUCAAAGUAUCAUUUUUGUGCAUCAGUGUAUUUUUCUAUUUAUAAGACUGUGUAAAAGUAAAGUGUAUCCUCAGUGAACUUUGUGCCAAGUAAGCUUAUAAUUAAAAAGUGGUCUCAUCUGCCAA